GAACUUACGGUGCUUUGCCACCUUCACCAUCCCAGCCUGGUGUUCCUGAUGGCUGCGGCUGUGCGUCCCCGGAUGCUAGUCAUGGAAUUAGCCCCCAAGGGGUCUCUGGAUCGGUUGCUGCAGCAGGAGAACGCAGGCCUAACCAGAACCUUACAGCACAGGAUAGCUCUGCAUGUGGCAGAUGGCUUGAGGUAUCUACAUUCUUCCAUGAUCAUCUAUCGCGACUUAAAGCCUCACAACGUCUUGCUCUUCACGCUUUAUCCCAAUUCAGCGGUCAUCGCCAAGAUUGCCGAUUACGGCAUUUCCCAAUAUUGUUGCCGAAUGGGAAUAAAAACCUCCGAAGGCACACCAGGAUUUAGAGCCCCAGAAGUUGCAAGAGGAAAUGUUAUUUACAACCAGCAAGCUGAUGUUUAUUCAUUUGGCUUGCUGCUGUAUGACAUUUUGACAGCUGGUGGAAGAAUAUUAGAGGGCAUAAAAUUUCCUAAUGAAUUUGAUGAAUUAGCUAUCCAUGGAAAACUGCCAGGGAAACAUGGUAUUAUAAUUUAUGGAAGAAUGUUGCACAGAUAUCUGUGCCCAGACGAUACAUUACUUAAGGAAAGAUGGAAUGGCAAAAGUGCCACACCCUUAAGGACUUUUCUCGUGGGAAGUGAGAGCACGCCACUGAUGUGUUUAAGUGAAUCAAAUUGUUCCUCUGACAGAAGUGCAAUCUGGGGCGGCUGCGGAUCCAAAAUAUUAUCAUUGUCCAGCGAUUUAUCUACCCACAAACUCAUUGAGACCAAGACGAGUCAUCUGUUAUGUCACAAGGACUACUGCAAUGCCAAUAUUAUUUCUAUAGCAGUGGACAAAUUUAUCUACUUGGCAAAGAAGGAGAGCUAUUUUGUUGAGAUUUGGGACAAAAAGACAGAGAAGCUUUGCGAACUGAUUGACUGUGUACACUUACUAAAAGCGGAGGUGCCAGAACUGAACACGGAAUCCAAACAGAAACUCGUUUACCCGGGAAGAGUGAAGAGCCUCUGCCUUCAGAAAAAUACGGCAUUGUGGGUUGGCACAGGGGGCGGCCACCUAUUACUACUUGAUCUGUCCACGCGCCUCCCCAUAUGGAUAAUACACGAUUUCUGUCGUUCCGUGAGAUUCAUGAUGACAGCCCAUCUAGGCACUCUCAGGAAUGUGGUUCUGGUCUUGGGUUAUAGCCAUGAAGAGGAGGGUGAAGACGGACACAUUAAAGGGAUACCGUCUUCUGUGUCUAUCUGGGAUGUGAAUCUGCCGCAUGAAGUGCAAAACUUGAAAAAACAUAUUGUGAUGAGGCAGGCGCUAGCAGAGAAGAUGAAGCAGAUUUCCUUGGAUUAACUUGAAGGAAUUUACACUAGAUUUACACGAAGCCAUGGAAGUUAGUUUCGUUGAAGGACGGCGUGAAAUACUUGCUAAAUGCAACAUGACCACUUUGCUUCCUUUAAAAUGAAACAAAAAUAUGAAUUAUACAGCAGUGUAUAAUAUUCCACACUAAAAGGAUAAAAGCGUAGCAGCAUAAAUCUGGUUUCAGAUGCCACUAGGUUUAAAUUAAUUCCCUUUGGCUACCAUGUUUCUCCGAAAACAAGACAGGGUCUUAUUUUCUUUUGACCCCUGAAAUAACUGCUUGGCCUUAUUUUCGGGGACGCUUUAUU